AUGUCAUCUUUGUCUCAUUAUCUUAAUAGCUCUCCCCCUGCAACACCGCGUUCUCAGCCAUCGUCUUUACCAGAUGAUGACUUGAGUGGUGCCACCUCGAAUGGUGGACCAAGACCUGCAGAAUCGAUGGACAUCACUCCCACUGUGAGACGUUCAGCAACAGUCAAUGGUAACAGCUCCAUUGCCCUACGCCAAGGGCUAGGCGACUUGUCUCAGUAUUCCCUCACUCUUUCACGCACUCUGCAGCUCAAACCGGUGGAUUGCGAGUUACUGAGCGCAUUUGCAAAGUUGCCGGGUGUUGAGCUGAAAGAUAUAUGGACCGCUGCCUACCUUAUCUCCAUCAAGGAUCGACUGAACGUUCUCCAGCCAUCAGGAGUCUAUGAGAUUCCUUCUACACUUAGCAGUAAGAUAGACGAAUGGUCCAUUCGGUACUUUCUGGACCCUACGAUUUCUGCAUACAAGUCCGAGGAGUGGCCAAAAAAGAAACUAUUGCGCAAGCUCAAAGCUCGACCAGACUGGGGUUUAACGGAGGCAGUCGCCAACCACAAGCCUGCCAUGCGUGUUAUCACACAAGAAAUCGGAUCACGCUUUAUCCAUCACCGCAACGUGACCAAAGAAGAGAUUGGACGAUCUUUCGGAACCUUUGACAAGACCCUCCAGGCAUUCACGGGUGAGUCGGUUGGUAUUGCCGAGUUGUGUGAGAGGAUCAUCACUGCUGUUGGUGGCAAGUCCUGUGAUACUGUGGUCUCAAUUCCUCUGAUGGCCCGUGUUGCUUUCCUGCGCAAUAGCUUUGCACUUCGUGCUGGAUGCUCCACAGAUGGCAAGGCUAGUGCUGGCUGGUGGGAUGAGGUCGAUGCUGAUCUGAAAGAACUGCGAGAGAAGAAAGACAAUAAUCAAAUGCGCAUUACGGUAGUCCUCCGCAAGAUGCUCGACGAUGAUCGUGCUAACUAUGGCAAUACCGCUUCUGUGGGUGAUCUGAGCAGCUAUCCUGCAGAGGCCCAAGUUGUCGCUGAUGAUUGAUCUGAGUACGGGAGUUCAUGAUCACUACAUUCCUUGACUUCACCGUCAUUCUUUUCACUUUAAAGUUUUAAGAUACCGUCCACUGUUUUAAUUCUUGAUUAAUG